GUCACCUUGUUAGAAUUUCAAACAGUCCCCCGCCAUGAUUGUUGUGUUUUUCAGGCUGUCCGUUGCGCAGUAAGUUUUUUACUGGAUGGCCAGACGAGCAAGUUUGUUUUCAUACGCGUUUUUUUAAAGAGCAAGAUACCUGAACAUGGAUUCUCGAUUUGCCCACUUGCGCCAGCGGGACACCAGCGUGUCAAUGCUGAGGGUCAAAAUGUCCCGCAGGAGAUCCCAGUCCCAGAAAGAGAACCGAGAUCGCGCUGUUAACACGCGCAGGCAGCUGGACAAGCUCCCAGAGCUGGAAAUGUCCUGCCUGGAUGCCUCCAUUGCAGUGUCCAACAUGUCAACCAUUCAGGAGAAGACAGUGAACAAGGGAAAAUCUGCUACAAACAUUGCUGGGGAAGAGAGGAUGAAACAGCUUGAGCGCUGGAAAGAGCGUAAGGCUCUUGAGAAGGAAAAGGAAAAGAGAGAAAAGGAGCGUAAAGGGGUAUUUAAGACUGGCAUGUAUCAUCCAAAGGACACCCUUAUCAUUGCCUCUCUGCCCGCAGUCCCAGCUGCCUCAACAAGAGCUAAAGAGAAAAAAGUGAACACAGCUCCAUCCCAGAGUGCCAGAGUGACUCGUUCAAUGAAACAGCAGCAGCCAGUGCAGAGGCCUCUGAAGAUGCAGGAUCCAAAUACUGUGGCAAAGAAAGCUCAACCUGCUGCGGAGAGAUCAACCAGGAGCCGGGCCGCUCCUGUCAAGCCUGCACCUGUACCUGCACCAGCCAAGACCAAAGUUUGUGCAGUGGAGCCUGUUGCACGAGCUUUGCCGACCAGAUCAGCCAACAGGCCUCCUGUUACAGCAGCGCCUGCGGUGAAAGACAAACCUAAGGGCAAAUCUGCAGAUGUAAGAACCACAAGGAGCAGAGCGUUUGUCAACCAUGUGGCCCCCUCUUCUGACAGAGAAGGGAACUGCAAAGCAGCUGUUGAGAACACUGUCAAGCCUGCUGUGCCCAAGGAGCCUGAGAUGCAGGAGCCAGAGAAUAAACCUCAUCCCCCCAGCCCGGCACCCUGUUCUGAGGAGGAAGAUAUGGUGGUGGACCAAACUCCGGCUGACUCCGUCCCUGCUGCGAAUCCUGUUGAAGCCCCAUCCUCUGCAUCUUCUUUUGCUCCAGCAGGUUUUGUAUUCCAGGCUCCCACUGGCUUGUCAUCCUUCAAGUUCGAUCCUCUCACUCCUCGCUCAGCAGACGCCUUCCUUACACCAAGCCCCAGCUUCACUCUUCCAGAGGUCCCUGCCCUCAACUUUGAGCCUAAGGAUGAGCUAAGCGAGCCUAAAUCUCCUCGCCGCUCUCCUCCUCGUACAUCUCCCACAAUGGCCCCUCCGACUCCAGGCAGCCCCCUGGAAUCAAAGCAUGACGUACCAUACUUCAGGUCGGAAAUUGCCAACGAGACAGACAGACUGACGGCGCUGUCUGUCCUCUGGGAGUCUAAAGUGGAGGAUGAGUCCAUCCCAGAAGAGAUGAGAGACAGUAUGCGCACAGCAGUCGGCCAAGCCAGGCUGUUGAUGAAGGAGCGCUUCAAACAGUUCAGCGGUCUGGUGGACGACUGUGAGCUGGGCCGAGGGGAGAAGAUCACCACCUGCACUGACCUGCAGGGCUUCUGGGACAUGGUGUAUUAUCAGGUAGAGGACGUCAACAAGAAGUUUGAUGCUCUCAAAGAGGCAGAGAGCCGAGGCUGGGUGGAGGAGCACAAGCCACCACCAACACGACAGCGGAAAGUAGUGAAGAAAGCACCUGCACCUGCUAAGCCAACAGGAACCAAAGCAGCAGCCAAGUCUCGCCUGGCUGCUGUGAAAGCAGCCAUGAAAGCCAAACAGCAGGCAGAGAAAGAGGCAAAGGAUGCUGGGAACGAUGAGGACAAACCCAGUCUGAACCCUCAGGAAGCACAACCCCAAGCAGAGCCCCAACAGGCCAAUGCGGUGGUCUUUGAUGGAGGUUUCUUUCAAGUGGAGAGCCCAGCCAAACCAUCAGGUUCAUUGAGGCGAUCCAGCCGUUUGAGCGCUGCCGUGCUGCCUCAGGCCUCUCCCUCCUCCAGCUACCUCUCACCAAGAAGAGUCACUCGGCGAUCCCUCGCACUGGCACAGACCCCCGUUCACACCAUCUCCUCUCCUGCUCAGCCCGUCCACACUCCCGCCCAGUCCCGUCUUACCCUCAGCCAAACCCCAGCACAAGCACCAAAGUCUCAGUGCGGCACCCCUCAGUCAUCCCACACCAGAAAGGACACUGCAAAUGUCUCCCUUUGUUUCUCACCUGUCAGAGAAGUGCUGCCAGAUGGCACCCAGCCUGAAGGAAGCCCUGCUCAGCAGCCAGAAACAGUCUCAACACAGGAAAACGCUGCUUCCGUUCCUGCAUUGAGCACACCCAUACUUGUACAUUCACUUCCGUCCAUUUCUGUGGUCGAGGAGCAAGAUGAACCUGCUGAAGGUGUCGAUGUUGACCUCCCUGUUUCUCCACGGCUUUCCCUCUCUCCAUGCAAAUCACCUCCAGCAGUCUCCCAGGCCCCAGAGCCCUCAGCAUCUCUGAGUUUCAUGUUGACACCCUGUGUGACUCCCUGCCAGCCUCCCACUGCCCCCUCUCCUGCUGUGCAAGCCCAACCAUCUGUGUGUUAUACUCCAGACAGCUCAGUUGUUGAGGAAAUUCCUGGGUUGGACUUUGAGCGUUACCUCCAGCCUUCACAGAGAUGCAGCUUGUCACCUCGGGCCACGGUUGCCGUAGAGCUGUCCCCCAUGGCAGCGGAUAUAGAAAUGGAGAGUCCCAGGAGUCAGUCAGAGUACCUGCUUACUCAGCAGGAACCAGCACAUCCAGAGGUGUCUUCAGUGUUCACUCUUCAGUCACCACAGGCCCAGACAGUCGAGUCUGACAUGCUUCUCUUCACCCCAGACCUGAAGGACCGGAUACGCCAGUCCGUCUGUCCAAGUGACCUUAUGGUCUUCACCCCUCCCCUCUAAUGUGUAGCAAAGAGUUCUGUCACCUGCUGUUAAAUCUUUUAUUUUGACAUACUGAUUACUCUUUUUACUGUCUUUGAAAAAAAAAAGGAUCUGAGUGAGUUUUAUUUUUACAUCACUAGAAGAUAGUUUUGUCUUAUAAUUAAAGUUCAGGCUACAACAAGAAAAUAUCGUUACUCUUCAUUUACAUCCAAACAGAAGUCAGCAGUUCACUCGAUGCUUUUAUUACUCACCAUAUUUAAAGGCUCUAUUCAUUUUGUUUGUUUUAAGAUUGUGGAAAGUUCAAAUACAGGAUAGUGUGCUUCAU